AUGGCCGCGAGAGGAGUGGCUGGGAGGGGUGUAGCUUGGAAUGGCUGGAAGAGAUUGAGAGAGGAAUGGUUGGGUUCGGCUGGGAGAAGCUGGAGUGCCUGGGAGAAACUGGGAGAGGAGUGGCAGGGAUUGGCUGGGAGAGGCUGGAAUGGCUGGGGGAGGAGUGGCUGGGAGAGACUGGGCGAGGAGUGUUUAUCAAUGGCUAUGAGAGGAGAGGCUGAGAAUGGCUGGGAGAGGAGUAACUGGGAAUGGUUGAAAGAGGAGUGGCCGGGAAUGGCUGGGAGAGGAGUGGCUAAGAGAAGGGUGGCUGGGAAUGGCAGGGAGAGGAGUUGCUGCGAGUGGCUAAGAAUGGCUGGGAUAGAAGUGUCUGUGAAUGGCUGGGAGAGGAGUGGCUGGGAAUAG